UCCAAACAAUGUGAUCUUCAACAGUAGUGGAGCAGUUAGCAUCUAUCCAAUGAGUAUUACUGGGAACCUGAGUCAGAGAAACUGCACCACUCUGUUUUCUAAUUUAACCACAAACUACACAGACACAUACUUCUUCAGAGUAGAGAGUGAACCAUUCAAGGCAACAGCUUCUUGUGAUCCUCUUCAAAUAACAGUCAGAGAUUCUCCUUGGAGGCCCAAUAUUACAAUCCCAGGUGAUCUGAAGGAGAACAAGUCUGUCACUAUAACCUGCUCAGCUCUCACUCCCUGUCCACACUCCCCUCCUCAACUCACCUGCAAUCUCACACAAGACUCUCACAACAAAAUAGAGGAAAACACAGAUGGAAGCUUUACAACUAAAAUCCAGCAGACCAUCACUCUGUCAGACACACAUGAUGGAAAGAAGAUCAGCUGCUCUGCCAGAUAUCCUGUGAACCAAGGAAAAGACACCAAGACAGCAGAGACAGAAGAGACUCUCAGUGUUUCAAGAAAACAGAAUGUUCAACUGGGAUCAUUUCUUGGAGGAAUCACUGUGAUCAUCUUACUGAUCUGCUUGAUUAUCUGUGCUCGGUGGUUAAAGUCAAAACAUCAAACUAAACAACAGACUCGGAUUCAAGCACAUGAAGAGCCGUUUGUUGAAGAGCCAGCAAGUAAAACAGAAGGAGAAGAAGAAAACAUCCAUUAUGAAGAGAUCGACUUCUUUUCACUGGGAUAUAAAGCAUCCUCUGACUCAGUGCAGGACAGAGGACAGCAGCAGGAUACGGUGUAUUCACAAGUGAAAUUCAGUGAGCCAAAAACAGCUUAACAGAGGGUGUUCAUGGCCAACAGGAACAUUUCUCUCAAGUGAAGAAAAAAUGAGAACUGUUGCAAAUUAACUACAAUAAGAAAGAGUG